AUGGUUCAAUUUUCACAUUUAUCAUUUAUAUUAUUUGAUAUAGGUACAUUUAUUCAGACAUGCCCGGAAGGAAAUCAUAAAUGUGUGACAGGCGAAUGUGUUAACAAUCCAACAGAAUGUCCAUUAGUAACAUCAAUAGUAUCGUUGUCUUCUACCAUUGCUAUCGAUAUUCAAUCUUCUUUCGUGUCACCAACUACAAGUACAAAGUUUAUAUCAGCCACCAGUCAUUCAAAUACGUAUAUAUUACUGAGUUCUGGUUUAUUGUCAACAGUAAUACAUAACUUACAGUCAUCAUCAGCUUUUAUACCAUCAACAAUUUCAAUAGAACCAACAACAACACAUCAUUCAUAUCAGACCUCUGUUAUACAAACAACACCAACAAAUAGCGUAAAGACACCUCCAACAGACGAUCAAAAACCCGAUGAGGAAAGUAAUAAGCUAUUAUAUUUAUUAAUAAUACUUCCAUUCGUUGUUGCACUGAUCAUCAUCCUUGUUGGAUGGAAAUAUAGACAAAACAUGAGAAGCAUGAUCUACAGAGUAACAAGGAGGGGAAAACAUUAUCAUGAUGCUUCCAGGAAUAGGGAGAUGCAUUAGGAAGUAAGAUCAAAUAUAAGAAAAAUAGUUUCCCUGAAUCCACACUAGUCGAACAAACCAGUUGAACAAAUACUUGCAAUUAAACUUUUAAAGUGUUUAUCGUCUGUAAAGCAUUUCUUCAAGGGCAUACUAUACAGUUACACUGAAGGCUAUAACGUUGCUAACGUUUCACGGCGUUAACAUUUGAAAUAUCGGGUUAAGAUGCAUUUUUAACUGGAUUUUAUCAUUGAGACUGAUUUAACUGGUAAACAGGACGCCUCUUAAUAAAAAUGACAUUUGGCUUGAUAUGAUAUGAGGAUUGUUUGUGCCAAUUUUUACAAAGAAAUUAUAUAUGAUUUUUUUUUAACGACAAUUAUAGUUUUAUGUUGUAUUUCU